AUGUUCAGAGACAGUUGCAGUCGUUUGAGGUCAGCUUUCUUCCAGCCCUGGUUGUCUGUCUUUUUGUUUUGCACUGCAAGUCUCUUGACCACAGACUUGAAAUGUGCGCAAGGGAUGCAGGUGACAUCCACAGGCCCGCUGACCAUCCAAAAGGCAGAGGGAGAGAGCGUGAUUUUGGCCUGCAGUUACACACCAAGCCCUUUUGACAGCGGAGAACUUGACAUCGAAUGGUCUGCGGUCAGUCCAGACACCACACAGAAAGAUCAGAUGCUCAUGUCCUACACCAGCGGAACAACAUACAUUCAUGGUAAUCAUGCUCUUGCAAAAGGGCUUAGCUUUGCUGCUACUGACCCCUCAAUGGGCGACGCUUCGAUCUCCAUCGCUCUGCUGUCCCCUGCUCAUAGUGCUACCUACCAGUGUAAAGUGAGGAAAUCACCAGGAGUCGACUCGCGCAAGGUGUCGCUGGUGGUAAUGGCGAACCCAUCUGUGCCUAAGUGCUGGGUGGAGGGAGGGGAGCUGGUCGGAGAGGCUGUGUCUCUGCACUGCAAGUCUGAAAAAGGCUCCACUCCCUUAAAAUACAGGUGGAGGAGAGAAAGUGCAGGCCCCAUCCCUGCUGCGACCACACAGAACAGCGUGACUGGGGAGCUGAGAAUUACCAAUCACUCACAGAGCUUCGCAGGAUUCUACCUUUGUGAGGCGAACAAUGCUGUUGGAGCUGAACACUGCGGGAUCAACCUGAAAGCAAAGAAACCCCCAAACAGAGCAGCGGUUAUAGUCGGCACUUUUGUGGGAUCUCUACUCCUCAUCUUCAUCCUGCUGGUCUUCAUUGGGAUCCUUUAUUGGAAGUUGAGCAACAGAUAUCACUUUGAGAAGGAGUUCUCAAAUGACAUCCUAGCCCAAAGGAUUCUAAAAGACAAUACCCACCACAGAAACAGCAUGUUCACCCUGCUGCUGUCUGGCAAGCGCUACAGAAGUCUCAGCUGUCGCACCACCAGACUACAGAGCAGCUCCUCUCCUCAGGCUAGACAGGAGGUUGGCAUCAGAGGAGCCGAGCCGUCGGGAUGGAGUGUGGUGAUGGAGCAGGUCUGUGAGGUAGGAGGGGGCCUGAUUAUGGAGGGCUUUGUGAGUGAGGAGCAGGACUUUGUAUUGGAUCCAUUGUGGGACGGGAAGUCAGUGGAGAUUCUGGAGAACAGGGGUGAUGUGAUCACGGGAGCGGGAGUGGUGGGCCGCACAUGGGCACAUGCAUACAUGGAGACGUAA